AUGAAUCAUCUUUAUGAAGAUCAAGAGUGUGUGACCACAAUAGAGAACACUAUUGAAUCCAGUCAUUAUUCUUAAAAAUUUUAAACAAAUAUGUCAGAAGAUUAAAAAGAAAAUAGUGAAAUUAAAGAUAAGUUAUUUUUAGAUUAAAAAAAGUAAAUAGAUUUUAUAUCUCUAACUAAUGCACAUAAUUUUGUUAAAGAGAAUAGCUCUCUUUCAUCUGAAUAAUAAAAAAAUUAAAUAUAAUAAGAAGAAGAUAUUUAGUUUAUAGAUAGACUAUAUACUUCUAACUUGAAUUAAAUUGAGUUAAUUUAAAAAUGUAAUAACUAUGAUAAUGGUGUUUAAAAUUUAAAUGUCUAAACACAUUAUCCUCCUUCUUUGUUUGCUUCCCCUUAUUUUUAAGGAUAAACAGAUAAUUAAAUUUAAUCCGUUCCAUUAUAAUAGUCUUCUACAAAUGCUUAAAUUGCAGAAAAAGAAAAUGUUAUUAGCAGCUUUUCAUAGAGCUAUUGUAUGUUCAAAUAAAAUGCUGUUGAUGAAGAAAAAAACAAUUAACCAGAAAGCACGAUUUUUAAUAUGAUUAAAAAAAAUACUCAAAAUAUAGUUGAAUCAGAUCCAAAAAAGUUAAAAAUGAAUGGUUUUCCUAUUGUAUAAAAAAAAUCUACUGACAAUUAAGAUUCGAUAAAUAUAUCAUCAAAUAUAAAAAAGUUAGAAUAAUAAAAAGAUAUUAGUAAAUUAGAUCUUAUAAUGCACACAAGUUAAAUUAAUAUCAGCAAAGUUAAUAUGGAUAAAACUAUCUAUUAAGAAAUUAGUUUUAAUACUUAGCAAGAUGAGUUUUUUAAUAAAGAAUUAAAGUUUAAUUAAACAUAGAGAGUAUUAAUAGAGUAAAACAUAAGUGACAGUUCUCCUUAAAAUAAAAAAACAAAGAAAUAAAAUGAUGAAAUUUUAUUCAACUAAUAAAGUGAACAUAAAUUAGAAAAUAAAAUUUAAGAUUUAAAUGAAUAAAAUAUUAAUAAAUAUUUUAAGAAUGAAAACCAA